UUUAGUUUAGUACGCUUGGCAGGCCCAGCAUCUACCACCCCAUGCAAUACAACAAUGCAAAGCAUUACAAUCAGAAAUACAGUUUUUAGACAGCCUGACUGCCCUGCCUACCCGUGCCUGUGGGCUAAGGCAACGUGGGGUUUUGUGUCAGGCCUGACAAUCCGUUUCUGAUCUGGUAGCGGCUGUCUGCUAUUUCUAAUCCCAUUUCUCCCAAAGGCAGACCUAGAUUUUCUUCCUUUUCUCUCGCCUCCUCUUUCCAUGGCCGGAUGCCCGCCCAUCUCUCUCCUCCUGGAACUACAUCUCCCAGAAGGCCUGGCGCCCAGGCCGCAUGCGCAGUGACGGGCCUGUUCGUUCUCGCUGAGGGAGAAAGACGCAGGCAGCCGCGGGGUCUUGGCGGAGCGGCGGCAGCUGGAGACGGAGAGCGACGGCGCCACAUGCACAGUGAGUACAGUGUAGUCCUCUCACCCUCAAAGAUGGUGAAGCUGGAUAUUCACACUCUGGCUCAUCACCUCAAGCAGGAACGGCUCUAUGUAAACUCAGAAAAGCAACUUAUUCAGAGAUUAAAUACAGAUGUAUUGAAGACAGCUGAGAAACUGUACCACACAGCGUGGAUUUCCAAGCAGCAAAGGAUUAACUUGGACAGACUUAUCAUAACAAGUGCUGAAGCUUCUCCUGCUGAAUGCUGCCAGCAUGCCAAAGUCUUGGAGGACACACAGUUUGUUGAUGGGUACAAGCAGUUGGGAUUUCAAGAGACUGCUUAUGGAGAAUUCCUCAACAGGUUGAGAGAGAACCCUAGGCUUAUUGCUUCCUCUCUGGUUGCUGGAGAGAAACUCAACCAGGACAACACACAAAGUGUUAUUUACACAGUCUUUACCUCCAUCUAUGGGAAUUGCAUCAUGCAGGAAGAUGAGAGCUACCUCCUUCAAGUUUUGCGUUACUUGAUAGAAUUUGAACUGAAGGAAAGCGACAAUCCCAGACGGCUUUUGAGGAGAGGCACGUGUGCAUUCAGCAUUUUAUUCAAACUUUUUUCUGAAGGACUCUUUUCUGCGAAACUCUUCCUCACUGCAACAUUGCAUGAGCCAAUCAUGCAGCUGCUGGUGGAAGAUGAAGACCACCUAGAAACAGAUGCAAGCAAAUUGAUUGAGAGGUUCUCUUCCGCACAACAGGAAAAACUCUUUGGGGAGAAAGGCACAGAAAGAUUCAAACAAAAAGUCCAAGAAAUGGUGGAUUCCAAUGAGGCUAAGUUAGUGGCUUUGGUGAACAAGUUCAUUGGUUAUCUCAAGCAGAACACAUACUGCUUUCCGCAUAGCUUGAGAUGGAUUUUAUCACAAAUGUACAAAACACUCUCCUGUGUAGACCGGCUGGAGGUUGGGGAGGUGCGAGCAAUGUGCACGGAUCUUCUGCUUGCAUGUUUCAUUUGUCCUGCAGUUGUCAACCCAGAGCAGUAUGGAAUAAUUUCGGAUGCCCCAAUAAAUGAGGUGGCAAGAUUUAAUCUGAUGCAGGUCGGGAGACUUUUGCAGCAGUUGGCAAUGACAGGUUCUGAAGAGGGAGAUCCGCACAUGAAGAGCAACCUUGGCAAAUUCGACAAAAGCUGUGUUGCUGCUUUCCUGGAUGUUGUUAUUAGUGGGCGUGCUGUGGAAACCCCUCCGAUGUCCUCAGUUAACCUUCUAGAAGGGUUGAGUAGGACUGUGGUUUAUAUGACAUACAGCCAACUUAUUAAUCUGGUUGGUUUUAUGCGAAAUGUAAUGUCAAGUGAUCAGCUGAAGGAAGAUCGGAUGGCUCUGGAAAACUUGUUGGCAAACUUACCCCAGAACAGACACGGGAAAAGUAGCAGCCUUGAAAUGACUCCUUACAAUACCCCACAACUCUCCCCUGCAACUACCCCAGCCAACAAAAAAAAUCGACUGCCUAUAGGACAACAGUUGGCAGCCAUUACUGCCUGGGAUACUUCUACCACCAAUCUCUCAGCUCACAUUAAUCUAGUAACCCCAUUUGCUACCCGUAGCAGAAAUAGAUCAAAUAUUCCAAUGGACCAGCAUGGAGACCAUGAGGGAUCCUCCCAGGAGUCUAUACAGGAAGUUCAGCCAGAAGAAGUGCUGGUUAUUUCUUUGGGAACAGGUCCGCAGCUUACUCCGGGGAUGAUGUCAGAAAAUGAGGUCUUAAACAUGCAGCUUGCCGAUGGAGGACAAGGAGAUGUCCCUGUUGAUGAAACCAAACUCCACGGUAAACCUGAUAAAACCUUGCGCUUUUCCCUCUGCAGUGAUAAUCUGGAAGGAAUAUCUGAAGGUCCUUCAAAUCGCUCCAAUUCUGUGUCCUCUUUGGAUUUAGAAGGAGAGUCUGUGUCAGAGCUUGGUGCAGGGCCUUCUGGGAGCAAUGGUGUUGAAGCCCUGCAGCUGUUAGAACAUGAACAAGCUACGACUCAGGAUAAUCUUGAUGACAAGCUCCGUAAAUUUGAAAUUCGUGAUAUGAUGGGAUUGACUGAUGACAGGGACAUAUCAGAAACUGUGAGCGAGACCUGGAGCACAGAUGUCUUGGGCAGUGACUUUGAUCCAAAUAUUGACGAAGACCGGUUGCAAGAAAUUGCAGGUACAGCUGCAGAGAACAUGCUUGGCAGCUUGCUAUGUUUACCAGGUUCAGGAUCUGUGCUGCUUGACCCUUGCACAGGGUCAACCAUAUCAGAAACCACCAGUGAAGCGUGGAGUGUGGAGGUAUUGCCAAGUGAUUCAGAGGCCCCAGACCUAAAGCAGGAGGAAAGACUGCAGGAGCUGGAAAGCUGUUCUGGGCUAGGCAGCACCUCUGAUGACACAGAUGUGAGGGAGGUCAGUUCUCGUCCCAGUACACCAGGCCUCAGCGUCGUGUCAGGUAUUAGUGCAACCUCUGAGGAUAUUCCUAAUAAGAUCGAGGACCUUAGGUCUGAGUGUAGCUCUGACUUUGGAGGGAAAGAUUCUGUGACAAGUCCUGAUAUGGAUGAAACAGCUCAUGGAGCCAGUCAGUUGACUUCUCCCCCUUCUCAGUCGGACUCUUUGCUUGCAUUGUUUGACCCUUUGUCAUCACAUGAAGGUGUAUCGGCAGUGGUUAGGCCUAAAGUGCACUAUGCAAGACCCGCUCAUCCGCCGCCAGAUCCGCCAAUCUUGGAAGGAGCUAUGGGAGGUAAUGAGGCCAGAUUCCCAAAUUUUGGUUCCCACAUCUUAAUCCCAACUGAUUUGGAGGCGUUCAAACAAAGGCAUUCCUACCCAGAAAGGCUGGUCCGCAGCAGGAGCUCUGACAUAGUGUCAUCAGUUCGGAGACCGAUGAGUGACCCUGGCUGGAACAGGCGGCCUGGCAAUGAAGAAAGGGAGCUUCCCACACAAACAUCCAACAUUGGGGCAGCUGCUUCAGGGCCUGCGCCUCAGUCCUCUUCGUCAUCCCCCAGUAAAGAUUCCUCUAGAGGAGAGAAUGAGGAACGAAAAGAUAGUGACGAUGAAAAAUCUGACAGGAACAAACCCUGGUGGAGAAAGCGUUUCGUUUCUGCCAUGCCCAAAGCUCCUAUACCAUUUAGAAAAAAAGAAAAACAAGAAAAAGACAAAGAUGACUUUGUGUCUGAGAGAUUCUCAACACUUCAAGAUGAUCCCAAUCCCAGACUAAGUGCACAGGCACAGGCUGCAGAGGAUAUCCUGGACAAAUAUAGGAAUGCUAUUAAGCGAACCAGCCCAAGUGAAGGAGCUAUAGUAAAUUUUGAAAGUGCAGAGGUAAUUGGAGAUGGUGAAAGUAUACACGACUCUCCACGCGAUGAAGCCCUGCAGAAUAUGUCAGCUGAUGACCUCCCAGAUUCUGCAAGUCAAGUAGCACAGCCGCAAGACUCUGCUUUCUCUUACAGGGAUGCAAAGAAGAAACUGAGACUGGCUCUUUGUUCAGCAGAUUCCAUUGCCUUCCCAAUGUUGACCCAUUCAACAAGAAAUGGCCUACCAGAUCACACCGACCCUGAUGACAAUGAAAUUGUGUGCUUCCUGAAAGUUCAGUUAGCUGAAGCUAUUAAUCUACAAGAUAAGAAUUUGAUGGCCCAACUGCAGGAGACAAUGCGCUGUGUAAGCCGCUUUGAUAACCGAACAUGUCGAAAGCUACUGGCUUCCAUUGCAGAGGAUUAUAGGAAAAGGGCUCCAUAUAUUGCUUAUUUAACUCGAUGUCGCCAAGGUCUGCAGACCACACAAGCCCAUCUGGAAAGGCUCCUGCAAAGGGUAUUACGUGAUAAGGAAGUCGCCAACAGAUAUUUCACCACAGUUUGUGUGAGGUUACUUCUGGAAAGCAAAGAAAAAAAGAUAAGGGAAUUCAUUCAAGAUUUCCAGAAACUCACUGCAGCAGACGAUAAAACAGCCCAAGUAGAAGACUUUCUUCAGUUUUUAUAUGGGGCCAUGGCCCAGGAUGUCAUCUGGCAAAAUGCCAGUGAAGAGCAGCUCCAGGAUGCACAGCUAGCCAUAGAACGCAGUGUGAUGAAUCGCAUUUUCAAACUCUCAUUCUACCCUAAUCAGGAUGGAGACAUUUUGCGUGACCAGGUCCUUCAUGAGCAUAUCCAAAGGUUGUCUAAGGUAGUGACUGCAAACCACCGCGCACUUCAGAUACCAGAGGUGUAUCUCCGGGAGGCACCAUGGCCAUCUGCGCAAUCUGAAAUCCGCACAAUCAGCGCUUACAAAACCCCACGGGACAAAGUGCAGUGUAUUCUGCGAAUGUGUUCAACCAUCAUGAACCUGCUGAGUUUGGCCAAUGAAGAUUCAGUCCCUGGGGCAGAUGACUUUGUUCCUGUUUUGGUGUUUGUUCUGAUAAAGGCAAACCCACCCUGCUUGUUGUCCACUGUUCAGUACAUCAGUAGCUUCUAUGCUAACUGUUUAACUGGAGAAGAAUCUUACUGGUGGAUGCAGUUCACAGCAGCAGUUGAAUUUAUUAAAACCAUUGAUGAUCGCAAGUGACCCAAAGGAGCACCUGUGUAGACAGACUGUUAGCUGCAAAGAGCCUGUAAGAAUGUAGAUCAGCUGUUUCAAAGGCUGAAGAAAUACUUUCCUUGUAUAAUAUUGUACAGAGUGGAAGCAUUUAAAUUUUUUUUACUAAUCAGAUUAAUUAAUUAAACAGGUUUUCUUUCCUCUCUGUUUUGGUUGCAUCUUUUCCCCCUUUAGGGAUUAGCACAGGGAAAAGGGACCACAUUUUUCAGGUAUUGUGAAUUCUAAAAAUCGCUUAGGAAAUUCUGCUGUCACUGCCCCUUUCACGCAGACACUAUUUUCCCCCUAGACUUCUCUUUAUGUAAAUUCAUUCAUUUUCUUUGUUUCCAGCCAAAAAGAUCAUGGCAAGCACUUUUAAGAGCCUUUCUAGCUCAAUACACCUUUUAUAAGAGAACACCAGCUGCACUGAAAGUUUGUAGCAGUUGACACAAUUAUAAAUUGUACUUCACCUAUGGUAAAAUUAAAGCCUGAGGACAAUGUAAAUAUCUGAUAUAAUAUUUAAUAAACUGCAGUCAUCUUUGGACUCAUUAUCCUUUCAACCAGCAAACAAGCAGUUUCUCUCUCCUACAGCAGGUUGUGACAUACUGUAUUGGGUAAUGAGAUGACUUCCUCAAUAGGAUGUUUAAAAAGGGAAAACCUAAAUAUUUAUUUAAAUUUAAUAAAGUUUACAGAACUUUCUGAAACUGGAAUUUACAAUUCACAGGGCUCUCACUUGAAAGUUUAAAAUUUUGGCUCGGGAAUUAGAGCAUUUUAAAUAAAUAGUUUAAAUUUAUAGAGGAGAGGGCUGUAAGUUUCAAUAGAUAAGUUCUAAUAUAAAAAGGAAUAGUAUAUACCUUAUUGUAAUAUUUUUCAUCUGAAAUACUGUGUAUACUGUACAAACCCCAAACAGAAUUCCUUACAGAACCUGAAACUGUAAUAUAUAUUUUGAUUAUUCACAUUAAAUAUACAUGCCAGGGGUUUCGGUGAAUGUUUUUUUACUAUGUGUUCUUUGUAUCGUCUUUUCUCUAGCAGUGCAGCUUUUACUAUUCAUAUAAAAUAUUUUAAAGUACCACAUUGUCCUUUAUAAAACACAUCAUGAAAUCAGUUCAGGGAAUCUUUGCAGAUGUGUCUCACCCCUCUCACGUUUGAAACUGACAGUUAUGAGAAGAGCAGGUGCACUUCCUCGAUGAGCAAAAAUAAUAGUGUUUCCAUAGCUGGCCCAAGCCAUUUCUUAUACUCCUGUGAGUGGUCAUUGGCCUUUGUUCUUGUAGAUCUAGCUAAAAAAGGGUUGCGAUCAAUUUCUUUUGUAAAAGGCACACUGCUUAACACCUCCAAUGCUGGCAUUACUCCUCGUUCUCUCCCCUUCCUCCCAGUGUACAUCACUUCGCUGGCAGUGAGGUGAGCUGGAUUUGCUGGCUUUGAGCGGUAAAAGAAAUUACAUAAUCUGCAUCCCUUCUUUAAAUAGAUGAAGAGUUUAUAUUUUUAAACACUAGUUAAAAAUGGAUUGAAGAUUUUUUGUGUACUUGAAAGGGCCAACAUACCACAUGUUAGAAGCCACGUGAGCCGUUUAAAAAGGGAAUCCAUAAAAAUCUAAGUAACUAUUACUUCUGAGAGUCAUUAACUGAAAUUAUAACAAUCUAUGUACAGUAUUAAGUGAUUGAGAUGUGAUUGUGUUACCCAUCUAGGCAUAAUUCAGUGAAAAAAACCUUUGUUUUCAAUGAAUUAAUCAUUAAUGUUUAAUUCAGUAUAUCAUUUUUAUCAUGUUAAAUAAAUCAUGGGGAAUCAAGUGAGAUGGUAUUUUUUUUAAAGUUUGUUUAUACUCUUUCUCCUCUAUAAUAGACUUACAGGGUACAGCAAUACUUUCUAGUAGCAAUGUAGUUAGUGUAGUCUGCUUUACUGUGAUCUUGAGUCUGAAUGGCAUUGUAAUAGUCUAGUUGUUUAGCUCUCAUGGUUUUUUGGUGCUAAUAUAUUGCAUUCACAGCCCAGACAAUAACAUUCAGCAGCGAAGCACAAUACUGCCCUUUAAGAGAGAGCCAGAAUUACAUCUAAAAGCAAUGUACAUCUGUUAUGCCACAAUUUAGAAGUGUUCUGUUAUGUUAAAUUAUCAUUGAGAAUUUACUGUGUUGAUAUAAAACUGUCGUACCCUUAAUUCUGCAAUUUUUGGUUUUAGUGACGGAGAAUAUUUGGUCCCUAAAACCUGUCUUCUUCUAAACUGUUUUCUUAUACACCUCUACCCAGAUAUAACACUGUCCUUGGGAACCAAAAAAUCUUACUGUGUUAUAGGUGAAACCCUUAUAUUGAAGUUUCUUUGAUCUGCCGGAGCGCGCAGCCCAGCCCCCGCAUAGCACUGCUUUACUGCGUUAUAUCUGAAUUCGUGUUAUAUCGGUUUGUGUUAUAUCGGGGUAGAGGCGUAUUUAACAUUUGGCACAAAACUCUCUGUGGGGGAGCAAAUGAUAGUCAGUGUUUAUCAUACAUUUUACCUUUUUAUUAUGAGCAGUCUGGACACAAAGGAGUUGAUCUAUGAUUCUGUGAUCAGCGUGAUCAGAUCUUCAGGAUUUAUUCUCUUUAUUGGAAAGUUUUUUGUUUUGUUUUCUCCUGACAAAAACCAUUUUCUUCACAUUUGUAUCACUUCGCUGCUUUUCUGUAUGGAAAAGUUACUGAAGAACUUGAACAAUUUUUAAAAUAAAAAUAUUUUUAAAAUGGUAAAUAUUUGUAUAAGCCCCAAUAUAGGUGAGAAUCUUCACAGCAGGGUGGUCCUUUGCUUCUUUUUUAACCGACUAUAAAAGCCUUUUAUACGCUGUUAUAAAUGUAGUCAAAGAAUUAGGCUUUCCAAAGAAUUAGGAAUCUUAUUGUUGUGUGUGUGUGUGUGUGUGUGUGUGUGUGUGUGUUUUUUCCUGGUGUCCUGCUUUUGUUUUAACAUGUUUAAAUUAUAUGUACAGGAAGAAGACUUUCCGUUUUCUGUUGUGCAAUAGUAAGAAAAUUAAAGAUGGAAAGCACAUUAAGGACCAAACAGUAAAAGAACUGUUUUGCCAAAAGGCUCCAGCCAGCCAUACACACACAUUGCAUUGAAUCAGUACUCAGAACUUCAGUGCCUGCUGUUAGAAUUACUUCAGCUACUUAACGGUGAACUGACAAAUGUUUUGGGAGGUGGGGAGUGGAGGUUAUUAACAGCAGAUUAUAUAUGCAGACUCAAGGCCCAAUUAUUGAAGUUCAGGGUGCUGCCUGAAGGAGUAAGGGGUACUCGCCUGUCUGUGAUUUCAUAUGAUUGGGCCCAUACAUGUUACAAAGGCAUUAUUUUCCUCUCUUGGGAUGGGGAGCAGGAGGGAAGAGACUUGACUCUUUCAUCUGCAGGGGAAUCCCCUUUUACUUCUAACCCCUGAUGAUUUUUCUUUUUAAAGCUUGUUCUUCAAGAAGAAUUGCAAUGGAUGGCCUUUUUUUUGGUACUAACAAAUACUGAAUGUAACUGCCAUAAAUUUUAGGAAGAAGCCACAAACAGAAUCCUCUUUACUGUAGGUAGUUUGUGGUGAGCACCGAGUAUUGCAUCAGAUUGUUAGUUUGAAAAGGUUGAUGUUCUAUUAAGCCAAAUUCUAUCAGAAAUUUGCGAUUUCGUUGACAUGUUUAAUGCUGAAUAGUUUGUAGAGGGAAAUUAGUAGGCUAAGAAAGGGGAAGCAGUCAAGAGCAGUCCUGCUUCUCAAAGCUGCAUGAAAGUGAAGCAUAUUUGUCUAAAGUCUAGUAAUUUGUGGCAUAUAUAUAUGUAAAGCAGUCUUAGGCUAGCUGUGUGGCAGGAGAACCUGGAGCAGCAGAAAAAACAGUGGACUGUAGGAAGGGGAAAGUACUCCUUUUAUUUGGGUAACAGCUGAUAACUUGGUUGAGCCUGUACUACUUGAGAAUUAAUUGCUGAGUUACUAUUGUGUGUUCUGUACCUUUAAUUGUGCUUCACCUCUAUUUAAAAGCUUUGUACUGCCUCUCUUGAAACUGGUAAAGCCUUUAAAAUUUUAAAUUAAUGAGCUUGCACAAUCUUGUAUACAGAAAACCCAUCUUGUCUCUACUGUGAUUAUUAAUGUAUUAUAUCAUUCUGUAAAAACUGAUUAAAAAGGAGAGCAGUUUAACCGUGA